GUCUGGGGCUGUACGCGCGCUACACUGAAAGAAGCAGUGCAUCUUUAUCCCUGCCUGACAAGGCGGGGAACCUGUGGAACUUCUUUCGUGAUUGGAAUAGGGGCUUGCAAUUGUUCCCUUCGAAUGAGGGACUCCGACGGAGACCGUGUCAGUGCCUUCGAAACAUGCGAGAGGGAGCACGAGACGAUCAUUGCUGAUUCUAGGGAUCACAUUCCUCUCUUCACUGAUGUGCCUUCUUCUAGUCUACUGGAAUUUCCCAAAGCUGGAACCCUCUGAAAAGCAGCACAUCAAGCUGCCGCGAGACAUAGAGGAUGCCAAGGGCUUGGGACGGGUGCUCAACAGAUACACAGAUCGUUAUUUCUUCACCGUCACGUCUGGCUUCUUUGUCACCUACAUCUUCUUGCAGUCCUUUGCGAUUCCAGGCUCCAUCUUCCUCAGCAUCCUCUCUGGCUUUCUCUUCCCGUUCCCGUUGGCACUGUUUCUCGUUUGCCUGUGUUCGGCGAUGGGAGCGUCAUUCUGCUACUUCUUCUCGUACCUGGUUGGGAGGCGCCUGGUGUUUAAGUACUUUCCCGCCAAAGCCAUGAAGUGGUCCGAGCAGGUGGGGCGGCAUAAGGACAACUUGCUCAACUACAUGAUCUUCCUGCGCAUCACGCCUUUCCUUCCCAAUUGGUUCAUCAACGUCACAGCACCCGUCAUAGACGUGCCUAUAGCCCCCUUCUUUCUAGGCACAUUUGUAGGUGUAGCGCCGCCAUCAUUCGUAGCCAUCCAGGCCGGCACCACGCUGCACAAGCUGAGCUCGUCCCGAGACGCAAUCUCCUGGUGGUCCGUGUCCGUGCUGGCCGUCUUCGCCGUGCUGUCUCUACUGCCGGUGAUCUUCAAGGGCAAGCUCAAGCAGAAAGUGCUCUAGUGCUCCCCUUCUCCUGGCCAGGAUGCACAUUCUCCACGCGUCUCUGCUGUUGACUCGCUGACGCCCGCCCAAUUUGUUCUCUCGCGAUUUUCUUUUGCGCCGCCAAUUUUCGUGCUCCCACCCUUCCUCCGAUCAUGCCAUUGACACUUGUUUUCCUGCUGUUAAACACAAAAAAAUAAUCUUUUUCCUGCAAAAAAAAAUUUACUCCCAUCUUUUGUCCGAAGACUUGUCCAGAGAGGUAGCAGCGCGUCUCUCGCUUGUUGGUUUUAUUCCUUGCUGAUCCUCUCUUGCACGGUACUUUCAUCACACUUGGCUCUUCACCACCAUUCCCUUGAAAAUUGUGUGAUGUCACAGAGAAAAUCGAUUUAAAGAUGAUUGGCUGUCUUUUUAUUUUGACGUCACCUUUGUUUGUGCACCUGUCUACUAUUGUCAUUUUUUUUUUUGCUUUUUUCUCCGCUCAAAUUUAUACUACUAGCACAAAAAACCUUUAACGUCUGUGAGAAUGCGAGGGUAAUCGAGGCCGAUGCAAGACCCUGCGUAUUUUUGCCUUUCGGCUUUUAAUGCACAAUUGAUAGGUUAUGCUGUUGUUUUGUAAUAUUAGCACCGCAUUCUUCGAGUGUUUGUUGUUUUGUGUGCUUUUUGAGGGAUUUUUGUGUUUCCGAGAACUCAAUAUGAGCCUGGGGAAUGAGUUGCACGUUUGUUUGCUAUUUUUCACUUACUAGUCUAAGUGAAAUCUCCUGGUCUGUGACGAGAGUUGCAUCAGCAGUUAUUGUGUGAUAAAUUGACGUCGCCUUUCUCCCCGCCUCUUUCCAAAGGGGCACAGCAUUUUCUUUUGUGUGUGUGUGUCUGUUUGGCAUACAGCUUUCAGAUUUAUCCAAGUAAACAGUAUUCCUUUGUUGUUUUCUUGCACGUCUCGCUAACUUUUUUUUUAUUCGCUUCAUAACCAGGGUUGUUCAUUUGCCUUUCUUUCUUUCGUCACGAUUGAGACUUUGUCACUAGAUUAUUCUUGACUGCUUUGAUCUACCGUUCAGUCUUUGAGGUGACCAGGUUGCUCGGAUUAUGUCUGCAGCUUUCGGUGAAGAUAGCAUGCUUCUGGACAUGAUCGCCCUUUUCAAUCAACGCAGCAGAUGUAUCAUGUGGCAAACCGGUAAAGCACACAACUCGGAAGUAUGAACGCAUGUUGUCAAUGCAGUUUUGAGUAGCGACAAUGCCGUAGCGACAAUGCCAUGCCGACACACCCAGUGACAAUGCGCUGGGUGUGCUGGGCGCGUGCCACUUGGAUAAUUGCAAAGUUGUGUAAUCUAGAUUGCCCAUUUUUUCGUGCGUAUUUCUGCUUCGUCAGUGAAUGAAACGGUUGAUAUUGACUCAACGCUGUAAGGCACGUGUUUUGGAUUGUGUAGGCUCUUCUUUGUUAAUACACAAGGUUGUAAUAGCUUGGAUGAACAAAAAAAAAAAUUCUGCAUGGUAGGCGCUUUGAGACCUAGCACUGUUGCCUACCAGGCUAGCAGUAUGUAAUGCAUGUAAAGAGCGUGUAUUUUUUAAGCUAUCUGGUAUACCAGGUGCAGCUGCUAAUACUAAAUUGCAAAAAACGAGGUGUGUUGUAAGGCUUGUGCAAAGUGUGUAAGAGCCAUGACUGGUUAAAGGACUGAUGGCAAGCGAAGUCUUCUAGCGGCUGAUAAAGUCUAUGUAGUGGUGGGGUUGCAGAAAGUGAGUGCGAACUAGAUUAGCACACGAAGACCGAGGUUAAGGAGUAGCUAUAAUUAUACGUUGCAAUAUUGCAAGUCUGAAAGCACUGCUCUGUACUAUUUCAGGGUCAUCACACCAAAGUUCCCACCACAUCGUCAAAUUAAUUGACACGGGGAAGCCGAAGAAAACACACUCGAUGAAUGGAUUCACUUCAAGAAACGUCAGAGUAAUAACAGGAGUUUGACUAUCACUUUUCUUGCUCUGUGCUACUUGUGGGAUCUUUUAACUAAAGAUAGUAGUGAGAGAGCACACUUUUCAAUACCAGAAUCUUUGUUACAUUUGGGGACACGCUUUAAAAGCAUUCUUUAAAAAAAAAAAAAAAGACAUCUCUAAGUUGAUCUUGGUAUACUAAGUUUGAUGUGAUAAUUUGACAAACUCCCAUGAAAUAGGCUUUACACAGUGAACACAAGUAUUACCAGUACCGUACCUCCUGCCUACCUGUGACCCUAAACCAAAAGCUGCAUGUGACCUCCUGUCUGACACCCUUAAUUUAGUAUGAAACUGUAGGCGCUAUGAUGAAAAAUUUACUACUUGGUAAUGCUGCAGUUACAAAUAAACCUGAGCAUCUUUUGUACGCACUUUAUCAGAGCAAGACGAGCGUAAGAUACGCAGUGAGGUACAUGGCAACCACUGUCGGAGGUGAAGCAUGGAUUCAGCAUUGCCUCUGUCCGCACUGUUUUGAGUGAGGAUGCUCGCACUGGGCCUUAGCGCCAAGUCAUCCGAGAUGGGCACCUGUGUGCCCAAAUACUUCAAGGUUGUGUAAUCUUUGUCGUACAUGAAUGUGGUGUUUCGUCUGCAUCUCUGGCUGCUGUUUUGUCUUUGUACGGUUGCAGAGGCUGAGCCGGUAUGUCUAUAUCGCAGGCUCCAAAGCUUGUUGAAAUCCAUUUUGUGUUGAUCCAGAGGGGGUCUUGUGUAAGUCUGUUGUUCAGGUCUGUUGUACGAAAGUAGUAGCCUAAAUAGAAGGCUGAUAAAAGAAAGCGUAAUCAUUUUUUAGCUCGUAUUCUAAAGAAACUCACUGCGCUUUGCACUGCAGUGUACUAUUACUGCAGUGUGCUGAAGUGAUAGCAUUCUGGGUUUGUAUGCGUUCUUUGCCUACUCUGAAAUGAAAUAGUUGAAGAAAAGAAGGAAGCACCUUGUGUCAAAGAAUUGCGUUCUCUUUUUUAGCGCUUACGAAGUGCUUUAUUGACAUUGCAAAGUUGCGACAUUUCAUGAAAGGUUGUACGCGUGCGAGUUGCAUUAAGCUGUAACAAACACACCUUUCCAAUGCUAUAUUUGUAAAGAAAUUAUAUGUUCUCAUUGUCCUCUACAUUAGUGUAGCAUGCCGGGAAUGUGAAUAUUAGAGUCCCUGCAUGCAUUUUGUGAAACAUGUUUUGAGAAAAUUAUGACCAACAAACUUAGGGCCCAUUUCCGUUCAUGGGUAUUUUUUGUGAAACAUAUUUCUUUUGCUGACUCGGGUUCUGUUUCCAACCUAAGAUUGUUUUUUGCUUGUUUUUUUUUUUUGCCAACUUUCCGAGACUUUUUACGCAUGUAUUCAUGGGCGCAGUGCAGUGUUGUAUGGAGCCGAGUGGGAAGCGGACAAAAUUGCACAGGAGCAAGUGCAGUGAUGUACACGCAGUGCAAUUAGUGUCCGAUGCGGAGGUUUUUAAAAAGUGCCAAUUUCUUAUCAGUGAGAGUGGUGCUGUACACGCUAUUAAUAGCAUGCUUGUUAAAGCUAGCUGCACGAAAGGAACACUAAAAGUAGAGGAAUAUCUUUAUACAUCUUACAUUUCUGUUGCUCACCGGAGGCAGAAACUAGUGAAGCUUUUGUAGCAGUCUAAUCAUGUAGCUCACAUCACUACAAAGAAUGCACAAUUGAGCUUUGAUAAAUUUUGUUUGUACCAUCUGGCGACAUCUUGACGUGUAAAGGAAAUAGGAUGCAAGAAACGAGACCAGUGAAGCAGUGAGUCGGCAGGCAUUGGCAUUGUAGGAGUUUACCAUCACCUUAGCUGAACAGGACAAAAGAAAAGAAAAAAAUGCAUCUGCACAACAGAGCUAUUUGUCAGCUGUCUUCUGCUGGCCUAUUGUUCUCUGCUCCUCUGACCUCAGUUAUAUGAAACAGAAAGAUAUUGCAAGUGGCAAGAAUAUUUCCUCGCAUGGCCGUUUUACGUUUGUACUGUGAAGAUUUUGCUGGGCUAAAACAUGCAAUGGUUAGUGUGGACAGACACUUUUCUAAUGUAUCAUGGUUCAAAAAAGGAGUAGCUUCGAGAAAGCAGGCUUUAUUUUGAACUUUAAUUUGGUUCUGUGCUAAAAAUCGGUACAAAGCAUAACAGCUGUACUUCUCGUCCUGACCAUUGCUCGCCUGAAGUGCCGUGUUUGAAUUCCCUAGCUACAGGCAGCACUCUUUUUUGGAAGCACUGGUGGCUUCGAACAACUACAGCACUGGGCUCAUGUUCUCUCUUUUUCUUUUCCUUCAAGUUCGAAACCCUGGACUCCCAAAGUGUGUUCUGCACGUCGUGCAAUAACGAGAUGAUUUCUUUAGCACCAUCACGGAAAAGCUUUGUACAAGAGAAGAAAACAAAAGACAUUCCCUGGGGUGUGCCACCAGUCUGUUUUGUGAAGUGAAUUUGUUGUAUGUAGUGUACAGUAACAGUUUAAUCAAAGUGCUCAGUGUUGUUAGACUUCAGUUUUCGACGUACUCUGAGGGGCGAAACGCUUCAAGUCCACACUUUCGAUACCUUCUCAGCUUUCUUUCCUGUCCUUCACUUUUUGGUCUAUGUUGUACGUUAGAAUACAGUAUUUCUCGAGCUCCUUUUUUUUUUGGCACUCUUUAUUUUCAUAGUUAGGCACUGAAAAACUAGUCACGACUGUAGCUUGUUUAUAUACGACAAAGUUUUAGCAAGAUGCACGCAGCAAAAACUUAUUAUGCUCAACAGGAGCCUAUGAGCUCCGUCGCUAGCUGUACGUUCCUAGUUCGAAAGUGACAUCAGUUUCACUUUCAUGGUUAAGGUAGCGGUCUUCGCAGCUAACAUCUGUGCUACUAAAGCGCAUCUGCCAGUGUUCACAGGUACACCUAAGUAUUAGCCGAUAGGACGUCGUCUUUUGGAACCUGUCGGAGUGUGUUGACGGCUGCCACUUUUUAACCAAGCAAACUAUAAAUGGAAUGUUGUUUUUUUAUCGCCCAGUUUAUUACUAACACGUUGCUGUAUCAAUGCAUCUUAUUUUCUGCUGUGUGCGAGCUCUCUGCACUACCGCAUCGCAGAUUGGAAGUUGUACGCACACAGAAGCCGACUGCAGUGCUGUUGUGGAAUUGCAUAUCGGUGUAAAUUGAAGUUCGAAAUAAAACGAUGAAGUCUCA